AACGCUGACAGUUCGACGAUGACACACGACGCCCGUAGUUACGGAGGCGUACGUGCCGCGACGGCUAUUUUUUUCCUGUCCCUCCGCUUCGCGCGACCGUAAUUUCAGUUUCGCCCCGGCCGGCGCCGCCGCUGCAAGGACGAGAACAACGAGAGUCGAAUUGGUGAGUCGCUCGAAGAUUGAUGCUGUCAGGGCACACGGAAUUCUCGAGUGAGGGUUACCUUUCGUGAACCGAGGUACGGUGUUUUGCCAUGGACACCCUAUACCCGAAUCUGUACGAGAGAUUUAAAAGCGAGGGCGUCUGUCCGAUUUGCCUCAUGGAAAUGGAACUGGCGGCCAGGUACACUUGCACCAACGGUCACACGAUUUGUUACCGUUGCAAACCGUACUACUACGCCUGUCCCACCUGUCAGUCGCCACUAGAAAUGGAGCUGCCUUCGCCACACACCGGUCCAUCUUAUUCAACACCCCCGCCCACUCAUUUUAUGCCUCACCCACUCCCGCGAAAAUCCCAUGAACACCAUCCGAGUGCACCCUCGAUGGACGAUUUUCUCAAUCACGAGAGAAACCUAUAUCCACCAAGGCCAACCGAAGAUCAGGUGCUUAUAUCCUGCAAGUAUGCUAAUCUUGGAUGUUGGGUGAAGAUCCCAGAACACUUGAUAGACCUGCACGAAUCACGGUGCCAAUUUCGACCGCAUUUAGAAGAAGAACAGCUACCAACGGACGUGGCUCACAACCACGACGACAUGGUCGAUUGCAAGCACCAAGUGGUCGGCUGCAGAGUGAGGACGUCUCCCUGGAGAAUAUCAAUUCACGAGGCCCACUGUAUCUACAAAGAUCGUUUCGAGGCGUUGCACGAGAUCAGCGACACAUUGGACGAGAUAACGAUCACGACCGACGACGAGAAGCUUCCGGAAGAGUUGACGGAAUGUAAAUUCAGGAGGUACGGGUGCAUGGUCAACAUGCCGAGGCGGCGGAAGCUGAUACAUCAAGAAAAAUGCAACUACCGGAAGUAUCACACCGAGGAGGAGUACACUUCGUCGGAGAGUGAGUGCGAUCCCGACGAGCAAGUUCCCUGCACAUGGGCCGACUACGGAUGCAGGGUCAGACCGAAACGCAGUCGGCUGGAAGCGCACGUAGAAAAAUGUAAUUACAGGAUGGAGGAAUGCGCGUUCAAAGAUAACGGGUGCUGCGAAAUGCUCCAACCCCCGAGGAAAUUCGCCCACGAGAGGUCUUGCCCGUUCGCUAAUUAAAUCCUGCAUUUAGUUGCAUAACUUAAGAAAAAAUGUAUGUAGGUACUUCUACGCGAUUUAAAAAAUCGCCGAAAAGUCACUAUGAACGUGAGAUUUUCCAUAAGAAACUGAUGCAAGGAAAAGAUUAACUGAAUGCAAAUUCGACAGGUAUCCAAAAUUCGUAAACAUGAAACAAUGUAACAGAGAAUAUUUACGAUCGCGUUAUAGGUUGCAUUCGAAGAAUCGACUUAGUACAGAUACCGAGAGAUAUUUGUUUGCAAACGAUUUGUUUAGAAACGUUGAAUAUUGUUUAAUUAAGCAAACCCAAUGAUGAUUUCUUUUGUAUGGAAACCAGUGUGAACCGUUACAAACAUCAUGAAAAUUAGUUUCGUUUACCAUGUAACAAAGUGGUGAAUCAUGUUAGAAAAUAUAUUACUAGUCAUUUUCAUUGCAGAGAGUCUUUUUGUUGGCAUUCUUAGUUGACUUGAAUUAAUUGUUUGAACGUGAAUAUCUUAGAAAAAGGAUGGUGUCUUUUUAAAAGGUGAGAAUGUACAGAUAUUAAGAGUAAGCAGAACAAAAUAUAAGGUUUUAGUGUUUUCAAAAUACUGUACGGAGAAUAUAUUUUGAUAUUUAAUAAAUAUAUGUAAUACAUUUCGGUGAAAGGAGCAGGUGAUAUUCUUAUAAAAAUGUCUGAUUAAAUUCUCACAAUCUAUAGAGAGCGAGAAUAUCGAGAGCCCGCAGCGGUUUCGUGAAUGCCGCCAUUUUUAGCCGCGAUUCCCCAGCAUUGAUGUCGGAGAACGGAUCGGGUAAACUUCCCCCAUGGUAACCUAAUUAAUGUUAACUUAAUUAAUAGCCCGGUAUUCAGCGUACCCGGACUGUCUUCUGGAACAAUGUGUGCCUAGAUGCGAAUCGAUAUUUCGAAGUACCAAAGCAGCUUGUACGUCUUCCCGUUAUGCGCCGGCAAGAUUAAGAACGCUGCGUCGCGUAUUACGAAACGCUCCGCAUAAAUAAAGCUUCGUGUAUGAACCAUAAGAACAGCGAUGAACCUUACUAGACAGCGGAAUGGUUUCUCUUAGGAGAUUCACACUUUUCUCCGGGAACGUAUAUGCGACAUUUCUGAUGAUCUUAUUUUAAAUUUGAUACAUUGUGUUUAUG